CAGAUAAUUAAAAAAACACACAAACAAAACAGUGCAAUAUGGGAGAAGAAUGGGUGAAGUUAAUUGGAGCUUGGUUUAGUCCUUUCAGUUUCAGGGUCAAGUGUGCUUUAGAAUUGAAAAAUAUCGAAUAUGAUUACAUAGAGGAAGAUAUGUUUAAGAUGGAGAGGCCAAUAAUAUCCAAGCAUAACCCAAGUUAUGAUAAGGACAAUAAAAAGGUGCCGGUUUUUGUUCAUGGUGGAAACUCAGUUUUGGAGUCCAUGGUUAUCGUUGAAUACAUCGAUGAAAUGUGGCCAGACCGCUAUCCGUUACUACCGAAAGACGUAUAUGAAAAAUCUAUCGCUAGGUUUUGGAUUAAAUUCAUCGAAGACAAGAGUAUCGUCUUUUUUAUGUUUUUCAUAACAUCAGGGGAAGCAAAUAAGAAGGCACAGGGAGAUAUGUUGGAAUUGUUGACAACCAUUGAGACGCAAACUGGAAUUAAAGAUGAUAACUGUAAGUUUUUUUGUGGUGACAAGAUUAAUGCCGUUGAUUUGGCAUUUUCACCUUUUGCUUACUGGCUUGGAGCUAUGGAAAAAGCAGAAGGAGUUGCCCUUCUUGAAGCACAUAAAUUCCCUAAACUUCAUGCUUGGACUGAAGCACUCAAACAAGAUCCAGUAAUACAGAAAAAUCUCCCGGACUUUGGGGAACUUGUGGUUUUUUUCGAAAAUAUCAAGAAAUAUGGCUACGUGCAGACACCACCACCUACCUAAAUAAGUUAUUCUUCUCAAAUCUCUAUUGAGAAACCGUACAAGAGCGUGAAAAGAGGGUUAUUGAAGAUUGUUCUUUUUAUAUGGAUUUAGUAACCGCGUGGAAUUUGAUCUUUGUUUUCAUUUUGUAUUCUAUGUGUGCACUUUAAAAUUUGAAUAAGAGUGGUGGUUGUUGUAGUAAUAAUAAAUAUUGUGACUAUGGUUCUAAAGAACGGCUAUGGACAAAUAUUUUCGCAUCCUUUUUACAUA